AUGGCUACUGCACAAGUCCAGGAGCUGCUCCGGUUUCUCUCCCAAGUUGCCAAGGUCCCGCUGGCCGUCGCACUGGGCAAGGCCGGGCAGUUACAGAAAGCUAACCUGACCAGUCCCGAUCAAAUUGCCAAAGCAGACCUUCCGACCCUCCAGGAGAUCUUUCAAGAUAACAAGGUCGCCAAACAAGUGCUAAAUGCGGCCAAACGAGUGUCCAAGAAGCGAGGAGCUCCCACUGAUACUGCAAGAGAAUCGCCUCAAAAGAGAAACAAAGCAUCCGCACUCGAUAAACCCGCAACUCCAUUCGAAACUGAGUCUGUCUUGAGUUUGCCUGGCUCUUCGGCCAGUGAGGACGAGUUACGCAGUAAGAUUCUGGUUACGAAUAGAGCGCCGCUUGUGCUUGCCUUUGCUGUCUCUGUUUUGAAAUACACCAUGCCGGAACAGCCCAUUUCCAGCAGAUUAAGCCUGGCGCAAGCUGUAGUUAGCGCCAAUAGCCGUACCAAAGCCGUCAGCUUGGGCAUUGAGAGCGGCCGGUCGGCUGAAGAGGAAGGUUGGGGGGAAGGGCACCCCGUUAUCAACGUCCUUGGAAGGGAGAUUCCGGUCUUGAAAAGAUGGGACUACAAUCCUCGCGAAGGUCAGCCAAGCACUGUGUCUGCCGAGGACUUUAUAGGGAAAGAGCCCACAGAUGGAUUGCCGCCCCUUUGGGGCGUUGAUUUAGAGGCCCUUCGGAACUCUCAUCGCGAUAGACCGGGCAAAGAACCGAGGAGCAAUACAACUCUCCCUAUUUUUACCCCAGAAUCGGCGAGGUCUUAUCUCCUUCGCUCAUUCUCAGAAUACAGGGAAGAGAUCAAAGAGCCAUCAGCUCACUCAAAGAAGAAGACCUCCAUAGUGACUGAUAACAAAGAGGAGUGUGUCGGUCAUCUCUUGCGUGCUAUUGACAUCGUCUGCCAGUCAUGGGCUGCAACCUUAACCAAGACCGAAUUGGACAAACGCGCUUGGGCUUGGUAUGUCCGUGUUCGCCCAGACGUCCAGAGCGGCGUACAUGGCUGGGGAGAGAAAGGACGGGUAGAACUAGCCGAGAUUCUGGCUCUCCGGCGAGAAACUUGA